UGUCGGAAUAUGUCGCUACACCAGUAGAGCUGUUACAUCAUAACGAAUUGACAGUAACACUAAACUUUUAUAUUACAAUAUUACCGUGGAACAAAUACUAUUAGGCAAACUGAAACGAACUUGUUAAAAGUCUUAUAAAUAUAUCUAUUAUUGCUUUUAAUGACGAACAUUCUUUACAUCGAGGAUUAAUUAUUCACCGCGUAGUAUCUUUUCAGAUGAUAGUUAUAGACUUCGUACAUUCCUUAAUUAUACUAUGUCAUUUGGUAUAUUCAUGAUUGGUUUUGGAUAUGGUACUGUGCCGUUAUAUCGUUUGUAUUGUACGAAAACAGGUAGCGGGACGAAUGCAAAUUUUGCUAAGGCUAAAACCGAAAAAAUUAGAAGUAUGAAACCAGUAAAGGAUUAUGAAUUAGUUGUGUAUUUCGCUGCUGAUACAUAUUCAAAAAUGGCAUGGAAAUUUAAACCAUUACAAAAAGAGUUGACUGUUGUCCCUGGUGAAACAGCCUUGGCAUUUUAUUCCGCUGAAAACCCAACAGAUAAACCGAUUGUCGGCAUUGCUACUUAUUCUAUUGUUCCAUUUGAAGCAUCAAAAUAUUUUAAUAAAAUACAAUGUUUCUGUUUCGAAGAACAACGUCUCAAUCCACAUGAAAAAGUUGAUCUACCUGUAUUCUUCUAUAUUGAUCCAGAGAUUACAUCAGAUCCACGAUUGAAAUCACUGGACAUGAUAAUAUUGAAUUAUACAUUUUUUGAAGCUAAAAAAUCAAAACUUUAUGUCCCUGGGAUAACAACACCAGAGUAUGCUGAUGUAGAAACACCAACACCACAGACGACAGUACCAACUGCCGACGUUAUGAGUAGCACAUUGGGUUCAGGCACGCGAUAUCAUAGAGUUUCUGAAAUAAAAGAAUGUGAAAAUCAAGCGAAAUUUGUCAAUCAACGUAUCAAUGAAAUUGAAGCCUUUUUUGGUGAUUUAUGCUCAGAACUUGUAAAUUAUACAAGACGUACAGCUAAAUUACGUAAUAAUGGUGAUGAAAUCUCUCGAAUUAUUUUAGAUUAUUCACUUAAAGAGAAAAUAAGUCGUACAACUUCAGAAGCAUUACAUAAAGUAUCAGAAUAUCUUGCUACAGUGGAAGAUUAUCGACAUACUGAAGUUGAUCGAAUUGUUGGUAAAGUUGUCAAUCCAUUAGCAGCUUAUGGAGAAGAAAUUAAACAUGUCCGUAGUAAUUUGAAGAUAGAAAGUGCUGCACGUAAAAAAGAAAUCGCAAAUAUGCGUAAAUUGGAAAGAUCGAGUACAGUUGAAGCAUCUAGAGAGAGACGGCCUAAGGCUGAAAUACAAUUACACAAUGCUAUGAUUGAUGCAACAAAAAGUGCAAAUAAUCUAGAACGUUGUGUACUUGAAUUUGAAGGUCGACGAUUAAAAGGCCUUAAGAAAAUUAUAACAGAUUUUAUUCAAAUUGAAAUGUUAUGGCAUGCUAAAGCAUUAGAAACGUAUAGCCUAGCGUAUAAUGCAAUCCAGCUGUUACAUGAAGAAGCUGACUUGAUUGAAUUCCGUGGUACACUACUACGUUCUGGGAGUGAUUUAACACUGUUGAAAAAUGCUAACCUAUUAACAAGUCAACAAAGUAUUGCUGCUAGCAAUGGUGGGGGUGGUGGUGGUGGUGGUGAUACAGCCUCAUUGAUGUCAUCUUCUACUAUGCAACAGAAUCGGAAUCAUCGAUCGCAUAAAUCAUUGACAUCGCGAAAUAAUUCAAUGAAUUCAUUGAAAUCAGGCAGUCGUGGUAGUCUUGGCUCGUUGAGAGGGAAUAAUAAUAAUCGAAAGAAUCGACAGUCGAAUCGUCAGCAGCAACAACAGCAGUUACACCAGUCUGGUUUGUCGCAUCAGAAUGAUGAUGUAACCAGUUUAUUCACUGAAGGUGAUGAUGAUGUUGGCGUUGGUCAUAGUAUUCGAAGUACAACAGAUAAUACAAAACAUGUGAUGAAUGGUCUUGAAGAUCUUGAAGAUGAUGAUGAUGAUUUCGAUGAAGAAGACGAUGAGGACGAAGGAGAUGAUGAUGAUGAUGAGCAGGAGGAGGAUGACGACGAUGACGAUGAGGAUGAAGAGGAUGAUGAUGACAUUGAUGGCAGUACAACACAUUCACCAACACGAAGUAGAACAACAAAUCCGCCAACAACAAAUACCACUAUAAACCGACCGCCUGGUUCAGCACAACAUUCACCUUUGAAAUCUGCUCUAAAAUCUGGUAUCUCAAAACCAUGA